AUGAUAAACUUCCAAUACAAUCAACGAUAAAAUUGUUACAAUUUCAUCUUUGGAUAGAGUAAAGAACAGAGGUCUACUUCUAUGAAAGUAGAGAGAUUGAGGUAGAUCACUGAAAUAAAUGAUAUCAAAUAGAAUUAUUAUAAAGGUUUGCAAUUAGGAAAAAUCAGCGACAAUGCAUUAAAAAUUAUUCAUAUGAAAUUAGAGAGAUAGAGAUUGAGAAGAUAAUCAUUUGAAACAAAAACAGAAAUGGAGGAAGAUCAUCUAACUUAAGUAUAAUAUCCAAUUAAACCUCCAAUUCCACAUAGAACAAUAUUUAGUAAUAAUAAAGAAAAUUUAAUUGAAAUGCCAUUUAAUUUAGCAAAAUAAAACUAGUUUUAAAAAUUGAAUUAAAUGAAAAGAAGAAGAUUAUCUUAAAAAAUAAAGAUUAAAUAAAUUUAACCUAAAAUAAAUUUUAGUCCAUGGGAGAAUUAGGAUAAUGUUGAUUUUGAUUGA